AAUUGAACACAAGAAAAACUGAAAAUUACAAGGCAUAUUCUUGAUAUUUGUCAUCACCCACACAGUUUCUACCGUUAAACUCGCUAAUGGCGAUAGCCUCUUUGGGCUUCGUCAGUCCUCUUUCCUUCUCUCUGCGCCAUCUCAAGCAAUCCCAUUGCGCUCUCCCUUCAAAAACCUCAGUUCAUUUGACUCUGCGCUCCUCCACCACCACCAGGUCCGCCUCUGCCGCCACUAUGGCUAAUUCCUCUAACGAUCACCACCCAUCCCUAGAAGUUAUCGGGGGAGCUAUGGAGAUAUUGCUACCGGCAUUCAAAACUAUCACUCUACCCUACACUCCUUAUCCGGUUUUUGGUUGGAACCGGCACGUGGAGACCAUUUUCGCAGCGUUUUUCCGGUCCCUACCUGACGUCAGAUACCGUCGUGAGUGUCUCCGCACUCAAGACAACGGUGCUGUCGCCCUUGACUGGGUCUCUGGCGAUGAUAGAAGGCUUCCUUCUGAGUCUCCGGUGCUCAUUUUGCUGCCAGGUCUGACUGGUGGGAGCGGCGACACAUACGUGAGGCAUAUGCUGUUGAGAGCUAGGAACAAGGGAUGGCGCGUGGUGGUGUUUAAUAGCAGAGGUUGUGGAGACAGCCCUGUAACCACACCUCAGCUUUAUUCAGCUUCAUUUCUUGGCGAUAUAUCUGAGGUGGUUGCACAUAUUGGCAACCGCUACCCAAGAGCUAAUUUAUAUGCUGCUGGCUGGUCGCUUGGAGCAAAUAUUCUUGUUCGAUAUUUGGGUCAGGAAUCUCAUUCUUGCCCUCUUUCUGGCGCUGUAUCCUUGUGCAAUCCAUUCAACUUGGUAAUUGCAGAUGAAGACUUUCGUAAGGGCUUUAACAUUGUAUAUGACAAAGCUCUAGCAAAUUCACUCUGCAAAAUUUUCAAGAAGCAUGCUCUUCUUUUUGAGGAUAUCGGAGGUGAAUUUGAUAUUCCAAUGACUGCUAAUGCCAAAUCUGUCAGAGAAUUUGAUGAGGGACUAACACGAGUUUCAUUUGGAUUUACAUCGGUGGAUGAUUACUAUUCCAACUCAAGCAGCUCAGAUUCCAUAAAGAAUGUCUCAAUACCUCUUCUUUGCAUUCAGAAUCAAUGUUUUCAAAACUUGACCGAACCGGCCGGUCCAACUGGAAAACCCUUGAACCGUUACAAAAAUCGAUUCAGUUUAUGCCUAGAAACCGAAUUCUUAAAACCCAGACAAAAAUCAACCAACUAUAUUGUAGUUGAACUGAAAAAUCAAUGUGGGAUUGGGGAGGGUUUUGGUUUAACGAGAUUGGACAGUUAUACUCAUUUUUUCCCAAUUCUUUAUAUGCCUCAGGAAAAUCCUAACUGCUUGUUGAUAGUUACUCCAAAAGGUGGCCAUUUGGGGUGGGUGGCAGGUGGGGAAGCUCCACUUGGAGCUCCUUGGACCGAUCCAAUAAUUAUGGAUUUCUUGGAACAUUUGGAGUACGCUAGGUCUUCAAUUGUAGCGUAUAGCGCAAAUCUGGAUGAUUUUCGUUCUGGUACUGCUCAAAGCUUGGGCCUUCAUCAACUUGAGGUAUAGUUGGAGUUCAGAUAUACUGGGUUGGAACAUUGACUAUACUAAAUAAUUAUAAACAGAUAUAUCUGUAUUGAGUUUUCCGAAGAAAAUUUUAAUCCAACCUCCAGUGGUAGAAAUAUUCAAAACAGUUCAUUGUAUGAAGAAAUUGUAGAAUGAUGUUUAGAAUCCAUAUUUAUGGUACAGCUUGCAAUUGUUAGGUUUUCUUUCCCCAUCUGGCUAAUUGUCAAAGGCUGUCUCCCAUUUGAAUAAUGUUAUGAACAAUAGUGUAAGUGGCAUUAUUGCAUAUACGUAAGUUCAUCACCACUACUGAUGAAUAGCAUUAGUCCUCUUA